ACCGUCGUCCCUGGCGCGUGACGGUGGGGAACGGCGAACGCGGUGUGGGAGACGCAUCAAGACACCAGCGCGUUUCCGUUAAUGGAGGGGGGAAAAUGUAGUAACUUGGCAGUGAACUAAACGGCAGUGAUUUAACGACCAUGAAUUCAGUUGACCUUGGCCGAGAUGUUGUCGGAGCUUCAGUUUUGUAAAAUACACACUUGUUGGAUCGGGCUGGCACUGUGAGGACCUUGCUCUCAAAUAUACUUGCAAGAAUGAGUCAGAAUAAGAACUCAUCUGUUUUGUCCUAUGAAGGAUGCAAAAACUUUCGGAUGAGAAUUGUACUUGCAACACUCAGUGGUAAAAUGGUCAAAAUAAAAAAGAUUAGAGCAGGAAAUGAUGAUCCCGGUGUCAAUGAGAGCGAGGCCAGCUUCCUGCGUCUGAUGGACAAACUGACCAACGGCACGCGCAUCGAGGUGAACGAGACGGGUACGUCCGUGACGUACAUGCCGGGUCUGCUGGCCGGUGGCCGGCUGGAGCACGCCUGCAGCAAGCAGCGCGGCCUCGGUUACUAUCUGGAGCCGGUGAUGAUGCUGGCUCCGUUCUGCAAGAAGCCGCUCCACCUGACACUGCAUGGCGUCACUAACAGCCAGAUGGACCCUUCGGUGGACCAGCUGAAGCACAGCUGCCUGCCAAUCCUGCGCCGCUACCUGCUGCUGGCUGACGAGCAGCUGCAGCUGAAGAUCGUGCGGCGCGGCAUGGCGCCCGGUGGCGGCGGACAGGUGUUCUUCAGCUGCCCCGUCCAGAGGACGCUGAGAGCCACUCAGUGGCUGGACCCGGGCAAGAUAAAGCGGAUCCGCGGCGUGGCGUACGCUGCCCGCGUCUCCCCCGCCAUGUCCUCGCGCAUGGUCGACUCGGCCAAGGCGGUGCUACUUAAGUUCCUGCCGGAUGUGUACAUCUACACGGACCACUACAAGGGCGAGAUGGCCGGAAAGUCGCCCGGAUUCGGCAUCAGUCUGGUGGCCGAGACGACCACCGGCUGUAUGAUGACGUCAGACGUGACGUCACAGCCGCAGGGCGCCGAGGGACCUCCGAGCGUACCGGAGGAGCUGGGAACCUCGGCGGCCCACCUGCUGCUCGAUGAGGUUUACCGGGGCGGCUGUGUCGACUCACUGGCUCAGAGUAUGAUGCUGCUCUACAUGUCGCUCGGACAGAAGGACGUCUCCAAGGUGAAGCUGGGCCAGCUCACCCCGUACACGAUCGAGUUUCUGCGUCACCUGCGGGACUCAUUCCAGACUGUAUUCCGGAUAGAGAACGUGAUCCCCACGGAGGAGGAAGAGGACCUCAACACCGGAGGAGGGAAGCUGACGCUCACCUGCCUCGGCGCCGGCUUCAGCAACCUCAGCAAAACAGUCUCCUGAGGGGGUGGGGGUUUCAAUAUGGCGGCCAACGUGGACUGCUCCAAUAUGGCGGCCGCCAAUGCUGUUCGUGGUUUGUGAGAGAUGUUCGUGGAUAUGUGUUUUAUUGUGUCGGGCGUAUGGACCAGUGCUUGCGGCGUGUGAUGGGGUACUUCACGUCUCGCUGCGCGGAGGUGUCAUCAAGUGUCAUUUGUCAAUGCCAGACGGUCUUCCUGCCGUCUUUUAUAUGACGCCAAGCUCGCAAUACAUUACGCAUGAGCGUA